UCCAAGUUGUUUGUGUUUGCGUCUAUCGUGGGUGCUGUUGCGGUGUUGGCGUUGGAAAGUUUCGUAUUUUCCGUGUUCUUGACCCAUGUUAAGGACUUGGACAGUGUCCAGUACCGCGCUAUCCCCACGUACUUUGCACUUUUUCUCUUUGCCAUGAUCUACCAGGUAGUGGUGUCCGUUCUCGCGGUGGUGUCCAAGAAUAAGUUGCUCAUCUUGAUGGUAAUUGCCUUCUACUACGCGAUGCUUCUCUACUCUGGGAUCCAGAUUCUUGAAAUGCGCAAGUCAUUAUUUAAAACAACGACAGGGCUAAACAGAGCCAAAGCGGCAUGCUACGCUACUAUUGGGAUCACUGCCGCUCUUGCCGUUUGUCAGACAUGUUUGGCAUACAUGGUACGCGAGGACUACAACUGGUACAUGAACAAGAGAGUCACAUCGCAUCCAAAGGUGCAGCGAAUGUUCAUGAUCUGGGAGAUUCACCGCACGUUGUUGAUUUUCGAUUUUUUUUUCUUGGUGGCCUUUGGCAUCCAGUUUUCUGUUAUAAUGUUGAAUAAGACUUCCGCCGAGUUCAUCAUCACGAUCGCGCUUACGCCCGUGAUGGUGAUCCUCCUAUUCUUUGCAGACUUUAGUGCCUCGCGCGAAUGGUUCGCAGGGGCCCUCAUCUCUAUGAUCCUGUACUUGUGUGGCUUGGCAUACUUGCUUUUUAAGUUGAUUCGGUUGUACACCAAAUACUCACCAAAUGGGUCAUAUUUGUCGGGAAAGAAAUCCCUCACCACGUUUGGGGUUUUGACGAUCCUUUUUUUGAUUGCAACCAUGGUGGUAACGGGCAUGUUGAUGAGAAACUUCGGGAAGGGUUUGAAGGAAUAUGUGACAUAUUCUUGGAAGUGG